UCCGUUGGCCUCUCUCUCAUCGGAAGCGCAAGUGCUCUCAAACCCUAAUGGAGGACGACGCGGGAAUCCACGACGAGGACCUCGACCAUCUCUCACCUCUCGAUGCACCCGGCGACCUCCCCCAAGAAGAUGAAGAGAGUCAUGAAGAAGAAAAUGAGGAACUAGGAGGAGAUUGGGGGUCUAGUUUUCCGACUGUAGCUUCGUACAGACCAAAACUUACAGAAAUAUUAAAGAACUUGCACUCCCCGGAGGUAAAAAUUUAUUCUGAAGCCUCGAAGGAGUUUAUUGAUUUGUUAAGGGGGGUUUCUGGCUGCGAGAUUUUACGCGAGUAUGUUGAGUUAUCGCCCAAAUGCUUGGAGCUUGCAGAAGCUUGGAGACUUCACCAAGGGAAGCCUGGGAUGACCCAUAUAUUGUCAUUGGUGUCAGUGAUCCUUGAACACCCGGAUGGGAAGUCACCGUCUGGUGGGAUCAGCAGAAGUCUCGACAGCUUUGCCCGUUUGUUAAUUGAGUCAAAAUUGAAUGAUAUUUACACUGAACUGAAUAGCCAAGAGCUUCGGCGCCAGAGUGCUGCACUAUUUCUUUUGGCUUCGAUUGUUAAGCGUGGGAUGGGGUUAGCUUCUGAGGUUGCUAAAAUUUUUGAUUUUAAGCUUCCGGUGCUUUCCAAGCUCUCAGGUGUUCAGAAGAAGGGAGGAAAAGAAGUGAGGCAUGGCAAAAAUCGUUCCACAAGGCAGGCCUUUGUUGGGUUUGCCCUUUCAUUCCUGGAGGUUGGGAAUCCUAGACUGUUGAGGUGGAUCAUCCAGCAAAGGGAAAUGUACUCCGGGGUGCUCCGUUGGCUUGGAAGUGAUGACACCGAGACCGUUGUUUAUAUUCUAUCCACACUCCGGGAUAAAAUUUUAAGCGAACACUCCCUCAUUCCUCCGGGACUCCGCAGUGUUCUCUUUGGAAGUGUCACCCUCGAGCAGUUGAGCUAUAUUUCAGGAAAUUCUAUGGCAGGCCCUGGUGCAGAUAUUGCGUAUGAGGUUUUGGUUUUGGUAUGUACUGACCCUAGUAAUGGGUUGAUGCCUGGUUUGAACUUAAAGGGCAAUGAGAAGAGGCUGUUGGCGCUCAUGAAGAAGUUGAAGGCCACUGAAGUUGAUUAUCACAGGGAGUUACUGUUGGCUAUUGUUAAAAAAAGGCCAUCUCUAUGCUCAGCAUACAUGGAUGAUUUCCCAUACAAUUUGGAGCCCCGUCCAUCUUCUUUGUGGUUUGCUGCCGUUUCUCUUGCAGCUGACAUGAUUUCUUCGAUAAAUGCUGAUACUGCUAUUAUGGGUGUUGCUUCCCAUUCCAAUGAUCUGCUAGCUGUGAAUGAUAAUGAACUGCAGAGUAUCUUGAAGUGCAUAAUUCCCCGUGCAUGUACUCGGUCAGUGAUAAAUAAGGGCUUGCUUCACUCUGACAUUCUUGUGCAGCAUGGCACUUUAAGACUUAUUUUGGAAUCUCUCAAAUCACUGCAAAAUCUUAUCAAGGCAAUUGAAGACAUGGUAGAGAGCAUGCAUGUGAGAAAAAUAAUAGAUGGCUCUAGGGAAGUGAUUACUAACUUACAUGGUCUUCCAGGUUUCAGUUGCUUUGAACUUAAUGGAUGUUUGGGAGAUGAAAAUUUCUCUCAUAUGGAUGAACCAGGGGUUGAAAGGUGGGUGUCUGUAAAGCAGUACAUUCAGGAUGAGGUCAGAGCAGUGCUGCCUGAUCCUCAAGUUCUAUUGAAAUUACUCUCUUCACUUAGUUCACUAUGUUGCAGACAUUCUAAAACUUCAGGGAGGAAUCUAAAGAGAUCUGCAGAUUUGCCUGUAGUUGGUGUGAAGAAAUUGAAAUCUGAUACACCUGGUGAGAGUAUUGAUAUAGUUAUAGGUGGGAUUGAUGCUGAACCUACCAAUGAUACCCUUGAUGAACAGAAAGAAGAUAACAAGCAAAAUAUGGAUGUGGAGAAGGAUCAUACAGCAAUAAUAGCUGAACUCUGGGGCUUGAAUCAUCAGGCGAAAAUCCCAGAUGAACCAGGGCAUGCUGAAAUAUUUUUUCACUCCAAACUGCUUGAUGUUCUCAAGUUCUAUCUGUGUACAAUGCCCGUUGCUUUUGAGGGAUCAUUUGACUUCUUCAAAAUUCUACCCAUCAAUCCUUUAACUCUGUCUACUGAUCAGCAACAAUCAUUAUUGUCUUUAUUAGUUGAGUUCGUUGGACAAUCUCCAGGAAGCAGUGGUUCAGCAAGAACCCCGGAUUUGAUGUACAAACACUUGCAGCCAUUGAUCAAUGUCUUGAUAUAUUCACAAGAUAAAAGAGUAAAAGGUAAAGCUUAUGUAUUGGCACGGGCAGCCAUGAUAAGCACUGGUGCUUUUGAUCAAAACUUCUCAGAGAUUGAUGCAUGGUUAUUCUUCUUACCUGGUUACAACAUAAGAAAGUAUUUUGUGGAAACUCAAGGAGCGGAAAUGUUUCAUGACUUCUCUGCUGUUGUCAUAUCGUUUCUUUGUGAUUCUGUUUCAACGGUUGGAAAUAACUUGUACAAGUAUUUGGAUCAUAUGCAAAAGCUUAUCUCUAGAUUAGAUGACUCUAAAGAUGAUUCUCCUGGGUUCAGUCCUCUCGUUGUUUGUAUCCUACAGAAAUGCCUCAGGCUGUUAGAGUCGGAUUCUGGCACCUUUAGAUUGUAUGAGAGAUCCAUGAUUGCUUUAUAUGUGUGCAAUACACUAAGCUUACUUUUGCAGUCUCAGGUAGACAUGAAAACUUUACCUGGUCUGAUAAAUUUGGUUUUAACUGAAAAGUUUACUGAUCAUAUAUCAGUAGCUAAUGAUUCUGAGAGCUCCCUCUGCGAAUGGAGGCCAAUAAAGAAUCUGUUAUGUUUUGCAAGAAGUAUCCUUCAUCAACAGAGUUGUAGUUUCUUUUCAAUAUCAGAAAGUGCUCCUGAAGGGCAUGGUAACUCUUUCUUCUUAGUACUUGCUAAAAUAAAGGAGUUUUUACAUCGGGGAAAUGCUGGCAGUCUAGCUGGAAUGGCUGUUGCCUUUUCAUCAUCAAUCUUAUGUGCUUCUCCUGGGGAUAUAUUGAAAAAUUUCCCUUUACUUCUUACCAUGGCCCAACAGCAUUUCAGAUCUCAUAUCCCUUUCUUGUCAUUGGUACUUUUCUCCGAACAAAAGUUUCUUGCUAAGGUUUCUAAUCUGUGGCCAGAUAUGUUCAUUUGUGGUCUGGAAAUGAUUGAGGGUUCAGAUAGGAAUAACUGCAGAGUGGAUAAUGGACAUUUAAUUCAUAGCAAUGAAUCUGUUUCAUCAGUGUCUCAAAACCAUUUGGAUUCCAGGGAAUCAGCUGCUUCUGCAUUUUGUUUAUUUUUGAGGCAUGCUCCUUUUUAUACACUAUUUUCUGCAUUCUUGAGCUUCGAGAGUUGGAAAAAGCAUUCGACUAGAAUGCUAGACUUAUUUAGAGCUAAAAUAGCUGAAGGUUUGAUUGAUGACUUAAUCACUUAUUUGAGAUAUGCACUAUUUUGGAGUUAUCAGAUAUUGUCAUCCUAUAAAGCUAAGCCAUCUGACAUUCUUGAAGAACUUUUCAUGAUCUGUUUCACUCUUGUUGAUUAUAUAUUUGACCGAAUUGUGGUAUUGGCUUCUGAUCCUGCUAAAUUUCAAACUGAAGGAACAUCUUGUACUACACAAUAUGUUCAAGAUUUAGUUGACCUGAUUUUCCAUCACCCCGUUGUGAGUCUGUCUGUGUCACACCCUUUGUGCUGCAGCCAAGAACAUGCAGAUGAAAGCUUGGGGGACAGUGAGGAAGCCUUUUUGAAUUCCUUAAAACAAAACUUUCAUCCAAUGAACAAUCUUAUGCUGCAAUUUUUGAUUAAGGUUUUUGAGUUUUUGCUAGCUCUGGAAUAUCAGAAUAGUUAUGCAUCUGAAGUCCAUGGUCCUUUUACUGAAUCAGUUUUAGAGGUUCCCAAGCUCCUGGUUCAGAAGGUAGUGUUGUUAUUUAGGGAAAAUUUCGAUCUAUGUGUUGAGAAAAGAGAUCUAGAGCCCCUUAUCCCAUGUUACAACAUCUUUGAUGCUUUCAUGCAUUUUGUAUCUCCGUUUGAACUGCUUGAACUUGUAUUCUGGAUGUUUUCUAAACUGGAAAAUGAGGAUUCUGGCUGUACAUCAGUAUUUACAUCUGCUGUUAUUCUCUGUUUGCAUAUUGCCAAUGGCACAUUGAAUAUGCUAUACAAUCUUUUACAACAGCCAAAGCUGAAAUCAGAAUCUUAUCUGUUUUGGGAAAUGAAGAUUAAGAGUUUCAACACUGCAAUUCUUCAAAGAGUUUUCUAUAAGAUUCUUGAUUUUUCCAUAAGCUUCAAUCUAGAAAGUGCAGAUAUUUGUUUAUUCAGUGUUGUUGAUGCUGUCUAUAGUCUGAGAGUUGCAAAACCUCAGCCUGCUCUGCUUCCAUUGUAUAUGUUGUUGUCUAGGAUGAUCAUCAACAGUCCCGUGAAAUUGCUACUACACUGCUUGUAUCCAACAAGUAAGAUCAAAGCAAAAACUUUGUUUCGGCUCAUUGAAGUGAGCCCUAUGCAUAUGAGGCUUUUUGGCCAGAUAUUCUUGGGUAUUCUGGCAAAACACUUAACUGUUCUGGAUGCUUUAAAUGUGGAUGGUGCAUCUGCAUCUUGGGGUAAAGUGACUGAUAUGAACUGUGACUAUAUCCUUUCAGAGGAUGACUUUGUGCUUCUGUUGCCUUCUGCUUUAUCAUACUUGAUGUCUAGCUUAUGUAACAAUAGGAAGCAGGAUAUCAAACUUUUUGGAUCUAUACCAACAUUUUACUUUAAAAUUUUAAUGGAUGGUUUCUCGAAUUGGAACAGCUAUGUGUCUAGAAGCAAUUUUCAGGAGGAAUAUGAUGAAUUUUCACUGACAUCAAUGGAGGAUUUUCAUAAUCUUUUCAACAACUCUCUUCUUGGGAAAGCGGCCACUAUGUUGCAUUACUUUUUCAUCAUAAAUGGAAAUUCAAUUGGAAAGAAACAGCGGUUGAAAAUAUUCGAUGAUAUUUAUUCCCACUCAUCAGAUCUACUUGAUUGUGAUUUUAAAGCAUUCAAUACCUUCUCUUACAAGGAGUCCUUAAAGCUGAUUAAUGAAAUCUCUGCAAAGAUGGCAUUGACAAGGUUAUUGUUAUUUCCUCCUGAAAGUUUAAUGCAGGUUUCAGGAAUUGAAAUAGAAGGACUUGAUAAGAUGACUGUUGAAUGGGAAUCUGAGAGAAUGAAUUCUGCAAAACUAAGGUUUAUGAGCAUUCUGGUCAAGACAUUGGAUUGGAUUGUCAGGGGCUUUCCUCAAAAUAUGGAGGGCACUUUAACAUCUUGCAGUGCUGACAGUUGUCGUGUUUUUAGAUUUUUAGAACAUUCCAUUUUGAGGAACAUUAUUCAGCUGUCAAUAAAGAUUAAAACCUAUCUUAUCCAGUUGCCAUCUAUUCCGUUUCUAAAGUUAUUUAUUAGAUCUUGCCUCCUCAAUAGAUUUGAGGAUCCUGUUACUUUAAAAGCAAUUCGCUGCAUUCUUGCUUCACUGUCAGAAGGAAGCUUUUCCUCUACUGAAAUUCUUGAUCUCUUGCUUGGACACUCUCAGUUUGUAUUGACAAUUCUCUGCGGUGAUGCCACUUCUGAUUCAUCUUCUUUUGCACCCAGUGGAACAUUAUUGCAGCCAGUCCCUAGUAUCUUGAAAUCAGUUGAUGUCAUUUGUAUUGAUCAAAUCACACAAAAGGGCGGGGUCAUCUGUGAUAUGUUGUCCAAGCUGAAAAAUGAAAACUGUUCUCUAGAAAAGAGAAGGUUGGAACUAAUUAAGUUGCUCAGAGUAUUGUAUCAUUUUAGAAAUAGAGAAAACAAUACCGGGCUUGUAAAAGAUGAUCGCAUGGAUUCAAAGGAAUUGAUUUUCUUGCUCUUAUCUGCCUAUGGUGCAACUCUGAGUGAAACUGAUCUAGAGAUACUCCAUCUCAUGCAUCAGAUUGAAUCAAUUGAAGGAUCAGAGUAUGAUACAAUUGCUGAAAUGGAUUAUCUGUGGGGUAGUUCUGCCUUGAAGUUUAAAAAAGAACUCACAGUAGAUAAAUUAGCAUCUUGUUCAACUGAAGAACGACACAGAAUGCUGUUCAGAGAGAACAUUCCAGUUGAUACAAAGCUAUGCAUGAAGACAGUUCUGCAUUUUUGCUAUAAUAGAUCUUCACGGACUGCUAUUGUCUCCCUGAAAAAACUUUUGGAGGACAACUUUGUUGAUACGACAGAGAGACCAUCUUCAAAUGAUCACCUACUUCAACGAUAUGAUCCUGCUUUUAUACUGAGGUUCUCCAUUCAUUGCCUAUUGAUGGGUUACAUUGAAGCCAUAGAAUUUUCUCGACUAGGCUUGCUUGCGAUUACAUUUGUUAGCAUAUCUUCACCUGAUGAUGAUUUGCGAAAAUUAGGUUAUGAGUCCCUUGGAAGCUUCAAGAAGGCUUUGCAGAAUUAUCGAAAAAGCAAGGAUGCAUUGCAGCUUCAACUACUUCUAACAUAUUUGCAAAACGGGAUAACAGAACCAUGGCAGCAAAUCCCCUCUAUGACUGCUAUUUUCGCUGCAGAAGCAUCUUUUACACUGUUGGAUCCAUCGCAGAAUCAUUUCUUUACAAUUAGCAAACUCUUGAUGCGCUCUCCUAAAGCGAACCUGAUGAGUGUUCCGUUAUUCCAUACGUUGUUUGAAAGUAGUUCCAUCCAUUUCAAAAUGGACCGUUUGUGGAUUCUUCGACUAAUAUAUGCAGGGCUGAAUUUAAACUGUGAUGCUAAAAUAUAUAUGAGAAACAAACUUCUAGAGCUGUUGCUGAGUUUUUAUGCCUCUUCACUCUCAGAUCCUGAGUCCAAAAUUUUGAUUCUUCAGAUAAUAAAGAAAUCUGUUAAACUGCCUAUGCUAGUUCAUUAUUUAGUGAAGGAAUGUGGUUUACUUCCCUGGUUAUCCACUGUUCUGUUGUUCUAUGGUGAGAGGCUAGGUGGAGAUCACAAAGAAUCUUCUUUAAGAGCUAUGGAGUUGGUUUUAAAGGUAAUUAAUGAUGUGGUGUCCUGGAGAACAAUCGCUGAGUGGCUGCAAGAGUGUGCUGUUGAGCAGCUGUCAGAAUUUUCAACGCACUUAUAUGGAGUGUUUGUGAAUGCUAUCAAGUUGCUGAAAGAAAAUGUUUCAUUAGUAAACUCUAUGUUACAUGUGUUAGGAUCAACACUCAGGUUAUCACAAAAAAGGAAGAUAUUCCAGCCACAUUUUACCCUAUCGCUCAAGGGCUUAUUUCAACUGUACCAAGCCAUCUAUAGUGAAUUCAAUAACAUGGUGUUUAAUCUUACCAUUGAACUUGCGAUAGAUACCAUCCUCAUGAGCACACCUGUUCCCGUUGUAUCUCACAUGGAUAGGGCAAGAUUAUCAAAACUUCUCAUGUGGGCAAUUUCAUCUGUUUUGAGAUCAUUCUCUGAUCAGAGUUAUCUGACCAAGGAACCGGACCCUGAUAUGCUAAUUUCAUAUGAGGAUCAUGGAGAAGAAUCUCGAAUUUCAAAGCUAUUACGAUGGGCAACAGCUUCACUAAUCCUAGGAAGCAUUUCAAACAAAGCUUCUGCAAUGAAGACACAUGUUUCUUUGGGAUCAAGCUGCAAAACUCUGCAGUGUCUACUGGAAGAUGUAAUCAAAGAAGGUGAAAAUGAACAAAAUAAUUCUCAUGCUAAUGAGGCAUUAGCUAUUGUAAUACUGUACCUCCAACAGCUUCUCGGAAGAAACUCUAGUGGUCUUUCCUCCGUCAUACUAGCAUUAUGUUUGCUACUUUUCCCGAAUGCGUCUAACAUAGCAGACAAGGAAUAUUUGGAUGUGAAUCGUGGUCAAAUAGCAUUGCUUUGCUCGAAGAUACGUUGCCCUGUUGAAGCUAAUCCUUCUUGGAGAUGGUCAUUUUAUCAACCAUGGAAGGACCUCUCGUCUGAGCAAUCUGAGAUGGAGCAGAUGGAAGAAGAGCAGGCCUGUCAGAGCCUUCUGAUUUUGUUUUCAAAUGCUCUUGGAGGGAGGCCAUUUUGUUUACCAGUUCUCUCGCCUAAAGAUGUUGAACAGUCUGGCUUGUUUGAGUGGGAGAAGGAAACAUUUCUUGGAAGCAGAACUUAGCAGCAGGUUGAAAGCAAACACACACAAGGUUUUAUGAUCUUCGAUGUUUGUAGCAUUAUGAUUUUUGGUCAUAUUCUUUGUAUCAUUUAAUUGUAUUGAUGCUGUAUUUUUUAUGUAAAUAUUAUGAACCACAGCUAGCUGGUCCUUCAGCCUGUGACAAUUCAGUCUGAUUGCACCAAAGAAAAGAAACAUUACUUCUGGUCUUCUGGGUGUCUACAUGCAGCCAGUGUUUAAAUGAGACCUCACUUGAGCUGGAAUGAGCAGUUUGCUAAUUGUGCGAGCUGUAGAUAAAGUAGAUACCUGUUCAAAGCAAACAUUUUUGCAUCUAGAGGAUGCAGUUGGUC